GUCUAACCAGGAAUGUUUUGAAGAAGCUUAUCUCCCAACUCUGCAAACGCUGUUAAAUGCUCCUGCAACUUCACCUUUGUCUGAAAUAGAUGUCAGUAAUGUUUCUGAACUGUUAGUGGACCUGACCAGACCAAGUGGACUGAAACAUCAGUCUAAGUCUCAGGACUACCAGGAAUUAACAGUGCAUGAUAGUUUAGCAAUGAAAAUUUGCAAUGAAAUCUUGAUGGACCCAGCUGCACCAGAUGUUCGUAUUUACACAAAAGCUUUAAAUUCUCUGGAACUGAGUAGUUCUUUCACAGAGAAUCUUCUGGUUCUCGUCAAUGAGAUUCUAGAGAAAGUGAAAGAUAAACUGUGUCAAAGAGCUAUUGAGAAGAUCAAGAUGAACUUGACCAAAGAUCCUAAUGUGGGCAAAGACCACUCUGAAAGGACUGAGGAAACGGGUCUGUCUGAGGGGACACAGGAAACUGACACUGCACUAUCAGAAAAUACUAUUCAAAAUGAAGAAGAAAAUAAAGAUGCUCUUCAUACUCCAGUUAAUGAAGCUAAAAGUAAAUCAACUGCAAAAUUGAAAUCCACAAGAAGCAAAGCUGGCAAAG